CGCUCCCCCCCUGUCAGCCUCCCCCUCACCCUCUCUCGCUCCCUCUCUCUUCCCCUCCUCCCUUCAUCCCAGAGUAACCUGAUUGCCUGGCAUGCCUCCCCCCGGUCAGCGCACCGGCCGCCCGGUCGCCGGCGGCUUCGGCAACAAGAAGCCCGGCCAUAAGGCCCCCCGCAAGGAGCACACCCUCAUCAAGAAGUCCGACGACAAGCCGGCCUUCCGCAAGGGCGGCCGCCAUGGCAACCGCCAGCAGUCGGCGUUCGGUGACGACAACCAGUCUCGCGCCUCGCGCAAGAUCAAGUUCUUCGUUCCAAUGGACAUCCCCUGGCACAUGGCCCUGGCCGAGGCGGAGGCCGACUACCAGGCCCCCGUCUCCUCGGCAUGCAUGAGCCCCGAGCACUCCCUGGCCCGUGCGGAGAAGCUUCUCAAUGACCAGACCCUCGCCUUCCAGGACAACCGCCUCCUGGGUGUCUCGGAUCAGAACUGGAUUUCCACCGUUCUCCAGUCUGGUACCAGUGCCGAUAAGAUUUCGGCUCUGGUUGUCCUGGUGCAGGAGUCGCCGAUCAUGCAGCUGCGCUACCUGCGCCAACUGGUGGCGAUGUCCCGAAAGAUGACCACCCGCGAGGCCAUGGCCGCCUGCGCCGCUCUGAAGGAACUCUUCAUUGACACCCUGCUGCCGGAGCGCAAGCUCGUCUUCUUCGAGCAGCGUCGCAUCUUCCAAUCCACCCCGGACCUGGUGGUUCUGCUGUGGCACUUUGAGGACCUGCUCAAGAAGGAGUACCUUUCCUUCCUGGCUGGCAUCGAGCAGCUGUCGCACCACAACCAGGCAACCACCCGCUCGCGCAUGGUCACCUUCAACUAUGAGCUGCUCAAUCUCAAGCCCGAGCAAGAGCAACUGCUGCUGAAGCUCCUCGCCAACAAGCUGGGUGACUCCGACAACAAGAUUGCCUCCAAGGCCUCGCGCCAGUUGAAUCUUCUGCUCAACAACCACCCCAACAUGAAGACCAUCGUCAAUCGCCACAUUGAGGAGGUCCUCUUCCGGCCGAAUGUCGGCGAUCGUGCCCAGUACUACUGCAUCAUCACCAUGAACCAGACCAUCUUGACCGCUCGCGAUAGCGAUCUGGCCAACCACCUGAUCAACAUCUACUUCACUCUCUUCAAGCAGAUGAUGGAUGCCCAUGCGACGGCCGAGCGGGAGAAGUUUUCCAAGCGCCGUCGUGCCAAGCACUUCGGUCGCAAGCGCAAGGCCCCGCAGUCGCUGUCCGAGUCGGCUGAGGAUGAGGAGCUCGAUAGCAAGAUGCUCUCGGCCCUGCUGUCGGGCAUUAACCGCGCGUUGCCCUUCUCCAAGCUGGAUGAGGAUGUCUUCCAGGGCCACAUGAACACCCUGUUCCUGAUCGUUCACAAGGGCAAUUUCAACACGGCCGUCCAGUCUCUGGUGCUCAUCUUCCAGGUGGCCUCCACUCGCCAGAACGACCUGCUGGACCGCUACUACCGCACCCUGUAUGCGGUUCUGCUGGAUCCGCGUCUGGCCACCUCUUCCAAGCUGGCCAUGCUGAUGAACCUGGUCCACCGGUCUCUGCUGGCCGAUGCGUCGAUCGAUCGCACGGCCGCCUUCAUCAAGCGCCUGUUGCAGGUGUCUCUGUCGGAGUUCUGGCUUCCGGGCUUCUGCUGUGCAGUGCUGUACCUGGUGUCGGACUUGAUCAAGCGCAAGCCACAAAUCUACCUCUUGGCCACCGCCAUGCCGGCCGAUCGUCAGGAGCAGCUCCAGAGUAUCCAGGCCUCUGGUAGCAAGAGGGCCGCCAAGAAGGCCGAGGCGGCGGCGGCGGCCAAGAAGGACGCCGAUGCCGAUGCCGAUAACACCGCCCAGGCCAUGACCGAGACUGAGGCCGAGGCUGACAACAAGUCAGCUGAGGGCGAGGCCAAGGCCGAGACCACUGACGAGGCCACCGACGCCGAGAGCACCCAUGCCGGUGCCUAUGAUCCGCGCAAGCGCAACCCCUCCUAUGCUGGGGCCGAGCACUCGUGCCUGCAUGAUCUGGUCCCCCUGUCGCAUCACUACCAUCCGUCGGUGUCCAAGCUGGCGACGCAGCUCCUCCGUGGCCAGGCCCUGACCAUGCCCACGGCGGCUGCCGAUGCCAGUGCCCCGGAUGCCGUGGUGCAGACCCUGUCAGUGGGUGAUUCGGUGCAUGAGCAUUCGCUCAUUCGGUUCCUCGAUCGCUUUGUUUACCGGAACCCGAAGGCCAUCAAGGAUGAGGAUGGCCUGCGUCUGCGUGGUAGUGACUCCAUCAUGCAGCCCAACCGCCAGCUGUACACGUCGAACCUGCUGCCUGAGGACUUCGCCCGUCUGGCCGAGGAUGAUAUCCCAGAGGACCAGCUGUUCUUCUACCAAUUCUUCAAGAAGAAGGCCGAGCAGGAUGCCAAGCUCGGCGCAAAGAAGCCCAAGAAGCCGUCGGCCGACGACGAUGACGACGAUGACGAUGGCGACCUUAUGGGCGAGGAUGUCGACGACUCGGUCUUCGAGGACAUGCUCAAGAGCGGCCUGCUCGAGGAUGAUGAUGAUGAUGAUGA